AUGGGGGCCCUUCCGUGGCUGCUCCUGCUCUCACUGCUCCAGGAAGGUGAGAGCCACUGCAGCGGGGACAGGAGGGUGUCCUUCACCCUCUUUCAUCCGCUGAGCCUGGGGCUACCAAAGGAGAUUCUGGAGACGGCUGUGGGUCCCCAGGAAGUGGUCGCAGUCCUGCAGGAGUCCAUCAGUCUCCCCCUGGAAAUACCACCUGAUGAAGAGGUUGAGAACAUCAUCUGGUCCUCCCACAUAACGCUAGCUAUUGUGGUGCCAACAAAAGAGGGACAUUUAGCUAACGUCACGGUGACCGACCCUCGCUACCAGGGCCGAGUGAGCUUCCCGAGUCCCAGCUACUCUCUGCACAUUGGCAAUCUGAGCUGGGAGGACUCGGGGCCUUACCAAGCUCAAGUCAACCUGUGGACGUCCCAGAUCUCCAGCCUGCAGCAGUACAACCUACGCAUCUACCGACGGCUGUCGGAGCCUUCCAUCACUGUGAACUUUGAGAUCUCAGGGGACGGUCUCUGUAAUGUGUCCCUGACAUGCUCUGUAGAGCAGGCCGGCCUGGACGUGACCUACAGCUGGAUAUCCCGGGAGGAUGGUGUCGACACAGCACGUGAAGGCUCUGUCCUCAGCACAUCCUGGAGGCCCGGGGACCAUGCCCUCUCCUACACCUGCAGGGCUAGCAACCCCGUCAGCAACAUGAGUUCCUAUCUCAUCCCUGCUGGGCCCUUCUGUGCAGAUCUUAGGUACCCUUCAGAGAAGGCCUCCGCUUCCUUCUGCCUCCUGGUCAAGGCACUGCUCCUCCUCCUGCUCUUGGUAACUCUGGCCACGGGGCUGUGGCUCGCUCAAGGCCAGAAAGGAUGCAAGAUACCAAGGAUGAAAAAAAUCAGGAGAAACAGAUUGAGACUGAGAAAGACGGACAAGCCUGGCCCAGCUGGCUUAGUGGUUGAACGUCGACCUAUGAACCAGGAGGUCACAGUUGGAUUCCCGGUCAGGACACGGGCCUGGGUUGCGGGCUCAAUCCCCAGUCGGGGGCGUGCAGGAGGUCUAUGA